AAAAGACCCACCUUCCCACCCAGUCCUGGAAAAGGGAAAGCGUUUUCAUAAUGGGGAUUGGGGAAGAAGCAUUUCAUUUCACUUCAUUCCAUCAAUGAAAAUUGGGUUUUCCCUUUGCUUCUUCUUCACCCAUGUAAUCUGCUUCCUUCAUAACCUCUCCCGAUUCUCUCUAAUAAUUUUCCAUUAUAUACUUUCACAAACCAAUCUCUCCAAGCAAAGAAGCUCUGCUCCCUUCUCCUCCCUGUCCCUCUGCCCCUCAACCCCCAUUAAGAACAAAAAAAGAAUUUGCAAAUUUGUCUCCGUGUAAAAAUGGCGGUGGUUCCAUUUCUGUCCGCCAUGAAUGUUGUUUCCCUUGCACACUACACUUCUCCUUUCCCAUCCCUACUUUCUCUUUAUCCUUAGCCCACUACCCAUUUUCUCCCCCUCUAAAAAUUUUCAGUCUUUUCGCCCACCCAAAUGGCCAAAACCACGCCCAACGAAGAGCAAGACACGGCCAUGCAUCCGCCCAUCGAUUUCGGCAACAAGUUGAAGCGGCUGAGGCUCUACUACGAGCCGUCCGUUGGGGUUUUGGGGGUUUUUAUAGUGACCCUCUGCGUAAUCCUCUGUUUCUUCUACUUGGACUACAGAGAAGUGAUUGGAAAAGUGUACAGAGUUCCUUCGAAAUCGGAGAGGUUUAUGUGGAUACAGUUUGGUAACGGCUCUAUUGACAAUGAAAGAGUCGAUUUUUUGAAGGAGGAAGGGAACCAGUGCGAUGUUUUUGACGGGGAGUGGGUCUGGGACGACGAUUACCCUCUAUAUCAGUCCAAAGAUUGCAGCUUUUUGGAUUCUGGGUUCCGGUGUAGCGAAAAUGGACGGCCGGAUUUGUUCUACACCAAAUGGCGAUGGCAGCCCAAGCAGUGUAACUUGCCCAGGUUUGAUGGGAAGUUGAUGUUGGAGAGGCUAAGGAACAAGAGGCUGGUGUUUGCUGGGGAUUCGAUAGGGAGGAACCAAUGGGAGUCGAUGCUCUGCUUGUUGUCGUCGGUGGUCGCCGACAAGGGUUCGGUCUACGAGGUGAACGGGAGUCCGAUCACGAAGCACAAGGGGUUUCUGGUGUUCAAGUUCAAGGAUUACAAUUGCAGUGUGGAGUAUUACAGGUCGCCGUUCCUUGUUCAGCAAGGCAGGCCGCCGUCGGGGGCGCCGUCCAAGGUCCGGCUGACGCUUCGAUUGGAUCAAAUGGAUUGGAACGCUGCCAAGUGGAGGAAUGCUGAUGUCCUGGUUCUGAAUUCGGGGCAUUGGUGGAAUUAUGAGAAGACGAUGAGAGGGGGAACUUAUUUCCAAGUAGGGCAAGAAGUGAAAACGGAGAUGAGAGUUGAGGCAGCCUACAGAAGGUCAAUGGAGACUGUGAUGCAAUGGAUAGUGAAUGAAGUCAAUGCAAGCAAGACACAAGUCUUCUUCCGGACAUUUGCUCCCGUCCAUUUCAGGGGAGGAAAGUGGAACACAGGCGGGACUUGCCACCAGGAGUCUUUGCCCGAGCUAGGGGCAUCUCUUGUGCCAUCAGAGACAUGGAAACAGUUCGAGGCAGCAACCGAUGUUCUGUCUAAUCGAACAAGCCAAGAUCGAAGUUUCGAGCUUCUGAACAUUACUGGGAUGUCUGCAAGAAGGAAAGACGGGCAUUCGUCUCUGUACUAUCUAAGAUCCCAGCCAGCGCCGUUGCGGAAGCAGGACUGCAGCCAUUGGUGCUUGCCUGGAGUCCCUGACUCUUGGAAUGAACUUCUCUAUGCUUUGUUCCUUAAACGUGAAGUUAGAACAAGCCCUCCUGCGCUUAACUCGACAUCGUUGUCGUCGGAUGAAGCACUGAUCUCGUGACGAUGGUAGGGAGAAAUUUGGUUGAAGGAAAGAGGACACACACAAGUCAAUUUUGCAGUUGAAUAGCAGAUUUGUAGAGAUGGGUUCUGCUGAUUAUUCAAAUUUGGGUGACAUAUAAUGAUUAUUGAAUUACAGAUGAAUAGAUAGGUUGGGGACGUAGCAAAUGUUGUCCGGACGAAUUAAGAGUGGGGAAAUGGAAGAUUUGUAAUUAGCAUUUCGUUCAAUUUUUUUACUCAUGUUACUUCAUUGGGAUAUUGGGAUAUUGUGAAUGCCAAAGCCUAAUGGGUACCAGUAGGGGUGCGAAUC